CUCUCCGUCCGUCUCUCUCUCUCUCUCUCUCUCUCUCUCUCUCUCUCUCAGAUCGGAAAAGAAGAAAGGAAGGCGAUAUUUCGAGAAUUUCUCCUCUCCUCUAACAGCUUUGAGCUGCUUGGUGUUAAUUUCUGAUCUCUAGAGCUCGAAAUGGAGGGUGUUCAUCUGUGAUGUUGGAAAUUCUUUAAACUGCUUGUUUUGGAGCUAAAAACAGGGCAGAGGACAUGGAAUUUGCGACAAUACUAUUUUUGUACGAGAUGGUGGAGAGUGUAGAGUAUGAUUCUGCAGUAGACAUUUGGAGCUUGGGAGUCUUGUGGUACAAGUUUCUGUAUGAUGUGCCUCCAUUUGAAUCAAAGGAAUACUCAGAUACAUAUAGAAGGCCGGUGGGUUGGACAGUCUCACUCUUGAUAGCUUAUACGGCUAAGCAAUAUCUGGACAAAGUCGGCUAGCAUUUGGAGUUGUCCCUCCGAAUCCAUUUGAGAUGCAGGAUCCAUUUGCACCGUCUUGGCUGAGGCCAGGGCUGUACCUAAUCCAGGACAUGCUCCUGAUCCGAACCGACAGCAGCAGAUGUUAGUGAGAAGAGGUCGUUCGUUCUGCAACUUAGUUUCAAGCAGCAGAUCCUUCACCUGUAGCAGAGCUUUGAGAAGUGAUGUUUUAAGUUUUGGAGACAGCAGCCAUGGCGCCCUUGGCUUUGGAGGCGGCGAUGCCUAUGAGCCUACAUGCAUCCCCGACCUCCCACCUGAUAUAUCGGCCAUUGCUGCCGGUCAUUACCAUUCUCUCGCUGUCACGCAUGGUGGGGAGGUGUGGGCCUGGGGCAGGGACCAAGAAGGUCAGCUCGGGAGGGGACUUCCCUCCCCAAGAGAUUCUUGGAACCAACCAAAAAGAGUGGAAGGCUUGGAACAAGUUAGAGUCAGAGCCGCAUUUGCUUCUGGCGUUAUUUCAUCGGCAAUUGGCGAUGAUGGCUCCUUAUGGGUCUGGGGAAAAUCCAAGCGCGGACAGCUUGGUCUGGGUAAAGGGGUGACUGAGGCUAUGGUACCUUCCAGGGUUGAGGCACUUGCCGGGGAAGAGAUAGUCAAGGUGGCACUUGGGUGGGGGCAUGCUCUUGCACAGACUAGGAACGGGAAGCUCUUUGGUUGGGGUUAUGCAUCAGAAGGAAGAUUAGGACAACUUGGGGAAUCUUUGGAAACAUCGUUUUCAAGUUCAAUCACCUCUAGAACUAAUGGUGACUCUAGUUCAAUGCUGGAGGUUGCGGAGAAGAUGGUCUUGGAAGGAAUAGAGAAAGAGAAGAAUAUGCCAAUCAUUUGGGAGCCACUUCUUGUGCAAGAACUACAUGGCUGCAAAGUUUCAGAUGUGGCAUGUGGCCUUGAUCAUUCUUUAGUGAUUUGCUGUGAUGGCACGCUAUUGAGCGGUGGAAGCAACAUAUAUGGUCAGCUGGGCAGAGUCACGGAAGGGUCGAAAAUGCUGCCGGUCAACAUAAGUUUUGAGCCUAUAUCUAUAUCAUCAGGUCUUGGACAUUCUCUAGCAGUGUGCCAGAUUCCGUCACCUGAGGUUGCAGGAGAAGCCACAAGUGUCCUUACAUGGGGAUGGAACUUGACCUCUCAGCUUGGACGACAGGGGCCAGAAAAUUUUCCAGCACUGGUCCACAUGCUGGAUGGAGAAAGGCCGGUGUCAGUAUCUGGCGGACGUGCACAUUCCAUUGUGCUCACUUCAAAGAGGGAGGUGUGGGCAUGGGGCUCUGGCAGAAAUGGCCGGUUGGGCUUAGGAAGCUCAGUUGAUGAAGCUGAACCAGCAUUGGUGGACUGCUUGACUGGCUUCGAGGUUCAGCAAGUUGUGGCGGGUUUUGAUCAUACUCUAGUCCUCUCCGAUUAACAGCUAAGUGUAAAAUCUAGAACGAGCUGCUUCUGGUUUUUCUUGUUUAUUCACUCAGAGAGAUAAAUCCUCUCCUCAAUGCUAGAAGGAAAAAAUAAAUAAAAUAAAAAAUCAAUUUUAACUCUCCCCACGUCACUACAGGACACGUGCAAGAUCUAGGCUCUUUGUCUGGUGGGCCAUUGUUGGCCCCAUCAUUAUAGCCUGAAAAUCAGGUCAGUCGCGCACAAAGAGAGAGAAAAGGAAAAAGGACAGUUGAAAAGAAUUGAUCAGCAGUCCACCUCAUGCACCAACUUGAUGUCUCGACAAACCCGAGAACUGAAAAAGAUAAAAGAAAAAAGAAAGAUUAUUGCUGAACUAAAACAUUACAUCCAAAUUCAUCACUUAUAUGAAAAGAUGAUCAGAAUCAUGGAAUCCAAUAAAAAAAAAAAGGUAUCUAUCUUUACAUUCCAAUUACCAGACUUUCUUCAGUACUAAACUGGAAUAGAAUACACAAACAUGCACGAGAUCAAUAAAUUCACAUGCACUGGGCACCAAUGUGUAGAUCUGGCGAGUCGUAUUAGUUGAUUUUGUUGACAACCUUUAUGCUACGGCAAGUCUGCACUUCCAAAUGGAUUAUUCUGAAGGGGUGGGGAUUGGAUAGCUCACAGGAAAGGACCCGAAGCCUGCGUCCCUGAAGGGGUUUGAUGCUGUUGAGGGUGGUUUUGUGGCAGAAAAAAGGGAUUCGAUGGCGUCAUCAUACACAUCUGCUGCUGCUGUGCCAAUGCAGUCAGAGAGGGGCUGCUACGCCCUUCGACGUAGCAAAUGGAUCCUGCAUAUGCUGGCUGACUUCGUUUGUAUGCUGCUUCAUUGUAUGAGCUAGCAAUAUUGAGACUGUCCAACCCAUCAGCCUGAAAAAAAUACAUAUUAUUAUAUGCAAGUAGAAAUUUUGGCAUGAAUUUAUCAGGAUACACAUAAAGUAACAAAAGAUAUAAAGGAAGUUAUGCUGUUGUUGCA